AUGAAGCGGGUUACCGAUUUCGUGCGGCAAGUUCUUAAUGAACAUCAAAAGGAGGAUAUUGUGAAAGGGAAGCGGGUUGAUACGGAUCCAAUUGUAGCUAUUGAAUGGCUAUUGAACACAGAAAAAGUGUUUCGGAUCUCCAAAGUCUCUAAAGAGGAUAAGUAUGAGACCCAGUUCAACAUGAAGGCACAUUUUGCUUCACGUUUUGUUACCUCUGAACAACCCAAGAUUGAACAUUUUGUUGACGGUCUGAGGAGAGAGAUUAAAGAAUUUGUAUCAAAUCGUGAUCUUACAAGUUUUCGGAGAGCGGUUGAAUGUGCUAGACGACGAGAACACGAACUUUCUUUCUAUGGUGAAUCCACACCCGAACCAAAGAGACAGAGAACUAAAAUAACAACUUUUGUACCUUCAAACACACCUCGCGCAUGCCAACGAUGUGGCAAGGCGCACUCGGGACGAUGUUUCUUUGAACCAUCCAAAAUGUCGUGUUAUUCCUGUGGUGAAGUUGGGCAUAUUCGUACAAAUUGCCCAAGACGAGAUCGAGCGUGUUAUACUUGUGGAGCUUAUAUACAUCAUCAGCUUAAAUGUCCAAAUGCCCAACGUGAGGAUAGUAAGGCCUCAGUACGACAACCAAUGGUGGGGGGUUCCUCAACCCGAAAGGAGGAAGUACCAAAAGCAAGAGUUAGAGCGUUCCAGAUCACAGCAGAGGAGGCUCGGGAGGAGCCGGAGCUCGUCACUAGUAUAUUUUUCGUGAAUUCUCAUCCUGCACGUAUAUUGUUUGAUUCUGGUUCUACGUAUUCCUUCAUGUCGCAUGCCUUUGUUCGUUUUCUCGAAUCUGUUCCUGUACUUUUUGAUAGACCAUUUUCUGUGGAUACCGCUAGUGGAACCCCUUUAUUAGCUGAUAGAGUAUUCAAAGAUUGUACAUUAGUAUUGGAGGAUCAAAAUUUCUCAGUAGACUUAAUCUUUAUUAGCAAAUCGGGCGGAUAUUAUUUGCGUGCAACGGAUGAUCCGAAUACAGUUAGUGAAGAAGAUUAUGUUUAUGUGUACGGAGAAAAAGGGGUCGGUGACAUCAAGGUAAUUUCUGUACUCAAAGCUCGUCGAUAUUUAUCUAAGGAGUGCACUUCUUUCAUGGCAUAUGUUUUAGAUGCCACUAAAGAAAGAAACAAGUUGGCGAAGGAUGUACCUGUGGUAUGUGAAUUUCAGGAUGCAUUUCCUGAUGAUUUGCCUGGUCUACCACCGGACAGGCAAGUAGAGUUUCGAAUUGACCUUGUGCCAGGUGCUGCACCUAUUGCAACGGACACCCUAUCGUCUUGCCCCGGCAGAAAUGAAAGAAAUGAUGAGCCAAUUACAGGGAUUAUUGGAUAA